CGUACCGCUUGAUGAUGGACGUUUUUCCGACCCCCAAGUCCCCGAUGACCAGGACUUUGAACAAAAGCUCCUGCUGCAUGGCUGCAGCUCUGCAGCGAGAAAAAAACCCUCCGCAAUAGAUUUAUGGAAACUUUAAGAAGCCUCUGAAGGCAGCAGCCCGAGGAUUGCUACUGCGCCGCUGUGUGUACAGUUACGGCUAUGGUGCUGAUGAGGGCGAGGAGGACGGGAUGUGAGAUGCUGCUGUUGUGUCCUGCUGCCAUUUCAUCAGCGGAUCAUCACGGAAAUAUUAACUGUCUCACUCAAAAUUAACCGGCAGCUGUCGCUUUACACACUCAACAGGCUGUUUUUGUCAUUUUAAAACGGGCAAAGCAGUGACGGUGGACGAGAGGCCCGCUUAAUAACACGGUGUUAUUGGCGGGCUAUUCCUGUAAGCAACAAUACAACCAGUGCUAGUCUGGAAGAUCAUUUCUGGAAGUCGUUGAUAUGGGGCUUGUUUUUCACACAUACUAAGCUCUUAACUUUAAGAUUUUCAUUUUCAUGAGACAUGGAGACGAUAUGGCUUUAUCAGUUUCGCCUGAUCGUCAUCGGGGAUUCCACAGUCGGUAAGUCGUGUCUGAUCCGGAGGUUCACAGAGGGCCGCUUCGCACAGGUGUCGGAUCCCACCGUGGGGGUGGACUUCUUCUCCCGUCUGGUGGAAAUAGAGCCAGGCAAGAGGAUCAAACUUCAAAUCUGGGACACUGCAGGACAGGAGAGGUUCAGGUCUAUCACCAGAGCCUACUACCGCAAUUCAGUGGGCGGACUCUUACUCUUCGACAUCACAAACCGCAGAUCCUUCCAGAACGUCCACAACUGGCUGGAGGAGGCCCAGAGCCAUGUCCAGCCGCACAGCAUCGUCUUCCUGCUGGUCGGUCACAAGUGUGACCUGGAGGCCCAGCGGCAGGUGACCCUGCAGGAGGCAGAGAAGCUGGCAGGAGCCUACGGGAUGCGCUAUGUGGAGACAUCAGCACGAGACGCCAUCAACGUUGAGAAGGCCUUCGUGGAUUUGACGAGAGACAUCUUUGACCUAGUGCGGAGCGGGGACAUCAAGAUCCAGGAUGGCUGGGAGGGCGUCAAGAGUGGAUUUGUUCCCAACACCGUCCAUUCCUCUGAGGAGGUCACCAAGGGCAGCCGGCAGUGCUACUGCUGAUUUACCUGGCCACAGCAUGUGGGGUUGACAGGUGGUAAACGCUUCAAUGGACUCCAUCUGUGGGAGAUCUCUCGCUAGCCAUGGCUGCACUCAGGCCAGUUUUUUGGGACUCAUAAUACUUCCUUGCUGAGUGAACACACUUUACCUACUACACACAAGACAUUGUUUUGUCUUUCAGGUGCCUGUUAAUGACUCUGUCCAAACUUAGGACCCUUUAUUGAUGUUCCUAACAGGCGUAGAAGCACAAGAAGCAUCCUAACCCCCCUCACUAUUCUGUGUGCAUGUGUGUGUGAUUGUAUUAACCCUCAGCUCUUACCAACACUUAAGCUUUACUCCACUUUCAAUCUUUCCUGACGUGUACAGUCAUACUCCAGUGGCCGGUUAUGCUCUUGCUGCACAUCUAUAAAUGACUGAGACUUUCAGCGUAGCGUGUUUAUGUUCUUUUUAAUUCAAAUCUGAAACAGUGAAGCCAAGACUGAGCCAUGCCUUUUUCUUUUCAUGCAUAGUACUCUGAAUAUACUGCAACCUUGUACAGACUAUAUCCAGUGAGAGAGGUGGGACAGAAAGAGAUCUUCACUGAUUGUACUGCACUACAAAUCCAAGUGGCUUAAUACAUAAAGAGAGUGAAGGAUGAUGAAAGUUAAAUCAAAUUGAACCAAAGUUUGAGAUAUUGUUGUGUUUGUCUGAAUGCUGGAGAAAGUUUGCACUGUGAAAAUGUUCAAUGGUACAUUUGCUGUCUGCUGAAGGGAAAGCUACUGUAGCUGCUUACUGAUAGCCAUUAUGGGUAGAUCAUAGCAAGGAUUUUUUAUCAAUAUGGUAAGUACCCAGUUCAUGUUUACUACUCUGUGUUGGUUUACUGGUGAAAACAGGUAAGAUAUAACCUUAAAGCCUUUUGUAUGGAACCCCAGUGUGUUCAAUAUUGAAUAAAUAUAAAAGAAACAA